AUGGCUCCCUAUAGCGCCACAGAGACCCACAACAACCGCGUCACUGCAGACAGCUGGAUUGCCUUCACGCCGCACCGGAGGCGUGUUACUGCGAUCCUCGAGAAGCUUGGCUCGAAUUCGCAGAGUGCUCAGAGGCGCCUCUGCGUGGUCGGUGCCGGCAACUUGAAUGACGUGGAGCUAUCUCAGCUGCAGCGGAUCUACGCGCACAUCGAACUGAUCGACAUUGACCUGGCCGCGCUGGAGCGAGGCUUACGCAGGCAGAUGGUGGCACCAGACUCGCCCUCCAUCACACUGCGAGGCGUCGACGUGCUCGGCCUGUCCGACGGCAUGAGUGACGACGAUGUGCUGGACGCGCUUGCGAGCGGCAAGGCGGUGGCGGCGAUCUCAAGCUCUGUCGGUCGGUACUGCGACGUCGUGGCGGGGACCGCACUCAUCUCGCAGCUGGCGAUCGCCGUGAAGAAGCUUGUUCUCGCCAGCCUGACGAGACCGGGGGGCGUGGUGGCGCAUGUCUCAGACCUCGCGCGCCGAAGCGACGCACGCGGCCGCGAAAUCUAUUCGGAGGCCGAGAUAGUCGAGUCUCACAUGAAGACGGGCGCGUCAGGCGACUUUUUCGCCGGCACCAACCCCGCAAUGCUCCUGCAAGUCGGGCUCGGUGGCGUGCUCACCGAUGGAUCAUUUUGGAUGGACGGGGGGCAGCCACUGUUUUGGGUGUGGUGCAUCACGUCGACGGAGCAGCAACACCUCGAUGACGGCUGCCUCGUGGCGUACGCCCUCACGUGGCGCGUCACCAGGCAGCCCGUCGACCCACGACUCCUCGGCGAGACUCCCAUGCACUCGCACAACGAUCGCGACGAGCUUUAA